CCCACACCUUUUUCGCCACAAUAAAUAGUUGAAGAUGUGAGCAACGAAGCAAAUACAUUCAUAUCAUCUUUCGUCUUCGAAUUUUGACUUUGAGCAAAUUUUAUUUGGCCGACAAAAUUAUUUGCAAGAGAGAGAAAUUUACUAAUAACAAAAAUGGGAGAUCAAGUUAUUGGUUGCCACGCCGUUGACCAGUGGAAUGAGCACUUCGAGAACGGCAAAAACUCUGGAAAAUUGGUUGUGGUUGAUUUCACGGCUUCAUGGUGUGGGCCAUGCCGCUUCAUCGCACCAAUUCUGGCUGAUUUGGCUAAGAAGCACCCAAAUGCAAUCUUUCUCAAAGUUGAUGUUGAUGAGUUGAAGACUGUUGCUGAGGAGUUUAAGGUUGAUGCCAUGCCGACCUUUGUUUUCUUCAAAAAUGGGGAGGAAAUUGACAGGGUUGUGGGUGCGAGGAAAGAGGCCCUCAUUGAGAAGGUAGAGAAGCAUGUGGCUGUUGCUACUACCUCCUGAGCUGUCUAAUGAAGUUAACGACGAGUUUAUUGCUUUCUUAUGUUAAUGCUCAACCAGAUCCUGAACUAUGUAUGCUUGUAUGAUUUAACUUUGGAUGACAAUGCAUUCUUAUGGUUGUUCUGAAAGACAAUUUAUAGUGAAUAACAUACUUUGUGUUGUGUGUAA